GGAGGGCACCGAUGGCGGCAGGCGCAGGGGGCGGUUGACGGAGCCGUUGCCCGUCGCGCCCAUUCAUCGCCGACGCCUUCCCCGUCCUUCGCCCUCCCCACCCACCUUCCCCCCCUCCCUCCCCGGGGCGCUAUGGAGGCGCUGAUUCCCGUGAUUAACAAGCUGCAGGACGUGUUCAACACGGUGGGGGCCGACAUCAUCCAGCUGCCGCAGAUCGUGGUGGUGGGCACGCAGAGCAGUGGAAAGAGUUCUGUGUUGGAAAGUCUCGUGGGGAGGGAUCUGCUCCCACGAGGCACUGGAGUUGUCACCCGGAGACCCCUUAUUCUGCAGCUGGUGCAUGUUUCCCCAGAGGAUGGUCGGAAAACAGCUGGAGAUGAAAAUGACCCAGCUACAUGGAAAAAUCCAAGACACCUUUCUAAAGAGAUAGAUGCCGAAGAGUGGGGUAAAUUUCUUCACACCAAAAACAAGAUCUAUACAGAUUUUGAUGAAAUUCGUCAGGAAAUAGAAAAUGAAACUGAGAGGAUUUCAGGAAAUAAUAAGGGAAUCAGUCCUGAACCUAUUCAUCUUAAGAUUUUUUCGGCUAAUGUCGUAAAUCUGACUCUUGUGGAUUUACCUGGAAUGACAAAGGUACCUGUUGGUGAUCAGCCUAAGGACAUUGAACUUCAAAUAAGAGAGCUGAUCCUUCAGUUCAUCAGCAAUCCAAAUUCAAUUAUUCUGGCAGUCACAGCUGCUAACACAGACAUGGCUACUUCAGAAGCACUUAAAAUUGCACGGGAAGUAGAUCCAGAUGGUCGAAGAACCCUUGCUGUUAUCACCAAACUGGAUCUCAUGGAUGCUGGCACUGAUGCUAUGGAUGUGCUUAUGGGAAGAGUGAUUCCAGUCAAACUUGGCAUCAUUGGAGUAGUGAACAGGAGUCAGUUGGAUAUUAACAAUAAGAAAAGUGUAGCUGAUUCCAUACGUGAUGAGUAUGGUUUUCUUCAAAAGAAGUAUCCAUCCCUAGCCAAUCGAAAUGGAACCAAGUACCUUGCUAGAACACUGAACAGGCUACUGAUGCAUCAUAUCAGGGAUUGCUUGCCGGAACUGAAAACCAGAAUCAAUGUCUUAGCUGCUCAGUACCAGUCUCUACUAAACAGCUAUGGGGAACCUGUUGAGGAUAAAAGUGCCACUUUAUUGCAGCUUAUUACCAAAUUUGCCACAGAAUAUUGUAACACUAUUGAAGGAACAGCAAAAUACAUAGAGACUUCAGAGCUAUGUGGUGGAGCCAGAAUUUGUUACAUUUUUCAUGAGACCUUUGGAAGAACUUUAGAAUCUGUUGACCCGCUGGGUGGCCUUAAUACAAUUGAUAUUCUGACUGCCAUUAGAAAUGCUACUGGUCCCCGUCCUGCCUUGUUUGUUCCUGAAGUUUCAUUUGAAUUGCUGGUAAAAAGGCAAAUCAAGCGUUUAGAAGAACCUAGCUUGCGCUGUGUGGAGCUGGUUCAUGAAGAAAUGCAGAGGAUUAUCCAACAUUGUAGUAAUUACAGCACACAGGAAUUGUUGAGGUUUCCUAAAUUGCACGAUGCCAUAGUUGAAGUAGUAACUUGUCUUCUGCGUAGAAGGCUUCCUGUCACAAAUGAAAUGGUUCAUAAUCUAGUGGCCAUUGAGCUAGCUUAUAUCAACACCAAACAUCCAGACUUCGCUGAUGCCUGUGGUUUAAUGAAUAACAACAUAGAGGAACAGAGGCGUAACAGGUUAGCGCGGGAAUUGCCUUCUACUUUGCCACGAGACAAGUCUACUAAAGCUCCAGGUGCAUUGACACCUGCUUCCCAGGAGUCUGUUACCGCUGCUUCUGCUGAGGCUGAUGGCAAGGCUGUGGCUGCUCCUGGAGCAGGAGAGGGGUCUCAGGAGCCUGGGACAGGCAACUGGAGAGGAAUGCUGAAAACCUCUAAAGCAGAAGAGGUAUUGGCAGAGGAAAAAUCCAAGCCAGCUGCAGCCCUACCUGCUAGUCCUCAAAAAGGACAUGCUGUAAACCUAUUAGAUGUGCCUGUACCUGUUGCACGCAAACUUUCUGCCCGUGAGCAACGAGAUUGUGAAGUGAUUGAACGACUUAUUAAGUCUUAUUUCCUUAUUGUCAGGAAGAACAUUCAGGACAGUGUGCCAAAGGCAGUGAUGCAUUUUCUGGUGAACCAUGUGAAAGACACCCUUCAGAGUGAGCUGGUGGGCCAGCUGUACAAAUCCUUGUUGUUGGAUGACCUUCUGACAGAAUCUGAGGAUAUGGCACAGCGCAGAAAAGAGGCAGCUGACAUGCUAAAGGCCCUGCAGCGAGCUAGUCAGAUCAUUGCCGAGAUUCGUGAGACACAUCUUUGGUGAAGAUUGUACCAGCCACACUAUUUAUAUGCAUUGGAGGUUACAUUGACUUGAACAUUGCUAGGCAUGGUAUACGGAGUAGGAUUUUUAUUUAUGAACUCUUAUCUGUGUACUGCAACUGUGUCAAUCUGCUCAUGUAAAGACAGUUGGUUUGAUUUGCAAACAGAAAAAUAGGCUGUAUUUUGCAACAUAAGUCAUAUUUAAUCCACAUAAUAAAUGGCUCUAAAUGUUUCCUUACCAGCUUUCUGGUGCAAAUUAAAGCAGCCCAAGUUUACUGUCUCAGUGACGGUCUCAUUUGAACUUGGGGGAAAAAACAUUAAAGUUCCAGUGCCUGAUUUGCUAAACAGGUUGCCUGUGGUUAAGAUGGACGGUGUAGUCUCGUGGCAUAGUUUUAAGCUGCUUUUACAGUAGAAGUUUAAACACUGUGAAGAGAAGAGAGCACCGAGUAUUUUCUUUCAUGAAUAUAUUGCAUGCACUGUGAGAGAUGGAGGUAUCAAUUUUAUAGCACAGUAGAGACGUCUACCGUAUUACCGUAUGUCUGUGUGUCCCUAUUUUUUCCCCCAAAUGUUAAAACUGCAGACAAAGCUUUGAACUUCAUUUAAUGGGGUGUCAUGUAGGAAGAAUGAGCCUGGAGCUUGCGAACAAGAAUAGCCUACUACAAAGUGAGUGCAAAGUUACUCAUAUGCACUGGAGCUUGUGUAUAAAUGUUGGGGGUUAUAAUAAGGUACAAGAACACCUUCCCCUUCCUCCCUGCUGGGACCAAGGCCCUGGACCAUCCAAUAGCAAAUUUGUUCUGGCAGAAUUGAAAAAUAAAAAUGGAUUUCAAAACUGUUACGGGAUAGUAAGUGUUUCUUUUAAAAAAAGAUGAAGUUGGCCAGGGAGAAGGGGAUCUCCACAAUUUCUUCCAGAUUUUGGAAUGGAUGACAGUAUGAGAGAAAGUCUGUGGCAUUGGAAUAUUUAUACCAGAAAUUACAGUUACUUUUGAGGAAAUUUUACUGUGCUGUAAGUAGCUUGUUUUGUUUUGUUUGGUUUUUCUGGUUUUUUUUUGAGGACAAUCCUAAAAUUAAAGAAUUUUAUGUUGGAAAUUAAGCUGAUGAUUUAUUUUCUUCUGAUUAUAAGUGACACAGAUAAAUAUUGAUCACACUGGCCUUUAAGAAGUAAACAUUUUAAUUUUUAUUAAUAGAAAUGUAUUUAAACUCCAGCCAGUGCACCUGCAUGUACCUUUUAAAAGCAGAUUCACUUUUUUUUAAUAAAGUUAAAAUGUUUAUUAUGACAUUGCUGAUAUUUUAACAGAAUUUGCAUGAAAAAUAAGACACUGCUGUUAACAUCUGUGGUUUGUUUUUACGAUAUUGGGUCAAUAUAGUGAGGUUUUUAUUACCAUAUUCAGUUCGUUCCCAAUGUCAUCAGUUAAUAGAAGUGAAAUUCCUUUUGUGAGCUGCUAAGGAUUGAACAUUUCAGAACUGUAAAGACUUCAGUUUACAGGAAGGUCAGUUUAAAAAUGGAUUUUUUUCCUCAUAGAAGUCUUCAGUUCGGCACCAACAUAAGCACCAGGAACUGAGUCUGACAGACACAACUUUUGGAUACUUUAUGCAUUAUCUGAAAUAAUUUUUGCAGAACAUAGACAUAUGUUCUCUAGUUUUAAGAAGCCUAAAAAGUCAUAAUGUGUGCGUUACAUGCAAUGAAGACAAAGGAAUUAAUUUUAACUUCUUGCAUUGUAUCCAGGGAUGGUAGUUCUCAGAUUUAAGAAAUGUGACUAUAGUGAAACUGAAGUGCAAUCGACUUUUCAACUCAAUUUUGGUGAUCAGUGAUGAAAGCUUUAAUAGUUCUGUCAAAAGCAUUACAGUCGUCUGGAAUUCACAUAACACCUCUUUCCCUUGUACUUCUGAUGUCUAAGAAGGAUGUUUUCAACUAGGUAGAGCCGUCCAUAAGUGAAUUCCUACGUAAGCUUGAACUCCCACAGUUCAGUCUACAGUCUCUUAUGAAGAAAUAUUCUGACUUGUAAAAGUUUUUAAGUGCUGCAUAAAGCAAGCGGAUUCCAUUUAUUUAAGAAAUUCCUGCAAGUGUUAAAUGGCUCUGUAGUUUCGUGAAAUUUUCACAGUGUUCAUUUGGUUUUUGAAAUGUUAUUGACUUUUUUGUUUCACAAAAAUUUUCAAUUUGGUAAUGUUUGAGUGCCAAGAAAUGAACUUGAUUUGUAAUCCUGAAUGCAAAUCUUUAAAAAUCCAUGCUGUAACAAUCCUGUUAUUUAAUAAACAGAUAAUACACAAAAAUUAUCCCAGAAAUAAAGUUUUAAACUGACUUGUAGUUCAGGUGCCAGGACUUUCAUGCUGUUACAACUUAAUAGUGUCACUACUUAUACUGGUACAGCCUUAUGUGUGUUUGCACUUGUCCUCAUGCAAUUCUACAUUACUAGUUCUUGUAGAGUUGCAUAAUAAUAGUGUAGACAGGCUGUUAGUGGCUCUUAAUGAUUUUUGUACAAUCUGAUGUCUGGAAUUGAACUAAAUUUAUUUCAGUGGUGGCAGCAACAGUAGCAUUUUAAGUAUAUAUGGGGAAACUAUGGAAAAAAAGCCUAAUGAAGGCAGCAACUGAAAAUUUCCCAGAAUUAGACUGAUGGCUUACCCAUGUCUUCUAGUCUGCCAACUUAAAAUAACUUUCUAUUGAGUGAAAUGCACAGUCACAGUGGGAGAAUAACCACUGCACUCACGUUUAGAUUAGUCUUAUGUUUGACAUUAAUAGCUGGGCUGUGUGUGGUAGUUCUGCAAAUAAAACAUGUAUUCCAAUGUGGACAGAGUUUGUAAUAAAUUAUGUGGGUUUUUUAAUAGACAGCUUCAGAUUUCACAUAGUAGAAUGUAUGGGUAAGAGGGUGUCUAAUAUUUACUUCAGCAUACACAAAACUUAAGUAAAACUUGCCUUUAGCUUAUGCUUUAUGGAGGAUUGACUUGGCAAUAUCCAAUCUGGCAUCUUUUAGACUCAGGUCCCUGCUUUAUAGAAUACAGCAGGGGAAACAACUUGCCAAUCUGUUUUGCUCCCAUUGGGUAACUUCAAUUGAUUAUCCUGACUAUUCCCCUACACCCCCUCUCUCCCGGUUAAAUAGUUUGGCUAUGAGAACAAUUGCUAGCUGGUGUUCUCUUUAGGCACUGGAGAUCUCAGAUGCAUCUGGUUUUUAAAUUGUUGCCAGUUAAACUCUGUGCUUUGAGGUUUUAAAAGUUUUUUGAAUUUAAAAAACAGCAGAUAACCUCAACGUGGUUUUACACCGAGUGACUAAACCACUGAUGGUGCUUGCAUGCUUCAGCAGCUCCCUUUUAGGUUACUUGCUGCACAUCCUUCCACCCUUUACCUUCUUCAUUGCUAGCUGCUGCUAUAAUUUUAAGUCCACUGGUAUUUGCUUUUCUCCGAUGCUGUACAAAUGUGUUUGUUGUGGGGUGUAUUUUUUAAAUAUCUGGCCCAAAUAAUUACUUUUCUUGCACUUCUGAACCACAUGUGUGUAGACUUGUUAAAUACCUUAAUUAGUUACUGCUGGUUUACAUUUGUACAAGCUAUGUCUUGGAUUACCUGAACAUACCUGUUUUGGGGUACAUAAGAAAUGAGAUCUGGUUAAGAAAGAAUACUCGAUUCUUUUGGUCAUCCUUGAUUCUUGGCCUGAAUGUUCAAAUGCUUAGUUGUGAUAACUAUGUGCGGUCAAGAAAAACAGUGGUUGUAUCCAGCUGUUUCCUUGGCAUGAGUCAGGGAAGGGUUUAGAUUGCUAGGAGCUGAUUGAAAGGAAUCAUGGACUAAAUUUCUUGGAGUUUAUGGGUCUUAUUAAAAAAAGCUGUACACAAAGAAUUCCCUUUUUUAUUUUGUAU